AUGUCGGGCUUCCAGAAGCCCGCUGCCGGCGCCAUAAUAGACUUCGCCUCUACACAGUCUUUGCAUGAUGCUGGCUCUUACUCUACCUACGUUCAAUCCCCAUAUGUGAAUACGCCUCUCGUGCCAUCGCCUAUGGCUGACCAGGCCAGUCAGGUCUCUGACUGUGUUCCUUACAUUCCAAACACUGAAUAUGCCAGCUCGUACGAAGAUGCUCAAUCCCCCAUGAUGGUUGCUCGCGCUCGCCAACUGCCAGAGAUUGUUUCAUAUGCUCCUCAGCGUGGUUGUGCGGGUACUCGCAUUGUUGUGCAGGUCCAGUCUCCGUUUGACCUGCACAGCUCUACAUACGGGGCUUUGUACUUGGUCUUCGGCUCGAAGAAGCGAGAGUGCCUCCCGCAUUUUCUUGGCUUCGAGGAGAAUACCUUCCAGUAUGCCAUCUCAGCAGAUGCACCUCCCUUCAACUCCACUGGCUCCGCCUCCUACGCAGUGCCUAUCCAGGUCGAGAUGGAGACCUCAACCGAUUGUGCCCCCACCACCUUGCAAGUUGGUGUCUACACAUACGAGCACGCUUCUCAGCCUUCCCCUCCUGCUGACUCACGCAAGAGGAAGUUUACCUCACACUCGGACAGCCCUGCCCCCGCUCGCGCCAAACGGGCCACAGGCCCAGUGAUCAAAGCCGAACCUCAUGAAAGUUACUCCUACCGGGAUCCCCGGGCGCCAUCUUACUCUCCGUACCUACAAAAUAUCCCCACUAUGUCUGGGUACAUCACCCCCUUUCACGCUGCCUCUUCGCCUCGCACGGGACCCAACCACUAUUCUGGUGUCUCGGCUACUCCUCCAACUGUCAUUCGUGCACCAUCUCCUCUGACCCCAGUAUGGAGCCCAUCCGUACUAUCUGUGUCUCACGAUGGUCGCCAGGGAUUGACCGUGACCCACGGCAUUCCCCAACACAGAGGACCGUCUCCGGCACGUAUUGGCCACGCCCCAACUUUGAUUCGCACCUCUACUUUGCAGCAGGGAAGUGGUCUGGGAUCGCACCAGCACUUCAACCCCUAUGCCUCGAUCUACCCGACCAAGCAGGAACGGGAUUCACAGCGUCGCCUCGUGCAAUUUACACGCAACCAGAUCGGAAGCACCAUCCAUGCCGACUUCAAGCCUGUUGCUCCGGAGGACCGCCCUCAGAACAGCAUUUGCAUCAGCUGCAUUUCCUGGGAAGGCAAGGAUGAGUGCUAUGUCACCAGCGUGGACACCAUUUACCUUCUCGAGGCGCUUGUCGGCGUUCGCUUCACCGUCGAGGAGAAGAAUCGCAUUCGCCGCAACCUCGAAGGAUUCCGCCCUCUCACUGUUUCAAAGGCCAAAGCGGACAGUGAAGAGUUCUUCAAGGUCAUCAUGGGCUUCCCCGCACCUAAGCCACGCAACAUCGAGAAGGAUGUUAAGUCUGCCAGUUACUCCUCCACUGCGGGUACGCUGCCGACCACGAUCACGAAUUAUGCGGGUCAUGGCACUGGUUCCGACUCGGGCACUGAGACACACGCCCCCUCUCCCCAGUCAGUAUCCGACCAUGGCGCGGCUCACAACUAUACAACUGCUAUUUCGGCACCAGUCUACUCAACAAAUUCCGAUCAGUGUGCUUCAAUGACUGCGCCUCCCGAUGUCCGGUCGGUGAUGCCUUCAGUCAGCCAGCCAUACACCUCCGUUGGCACGUACUCAUAUCCGGCCAUAUGCCAGCCCCAUCACGUCCACGCCAUGGUCGCACCGAGCCACCGAGUAGGAUGGAACAUGCAUGGCCUUGGUGCUCCAGCACCUGCGACAGCUGUCGCAGCUUCUGGGUGCUAUUCCUACAUCGAUCCUGGGUACCCUCUUCAUGACGGGGCUAUCGGCCCGUGA